ACAUCCCAUCCUCUACGAAGUCACCGGCUCCUCGCCUGACCCCCCUCGGAUCCCCAAUAUGGCUACUGGUAAACAGCUUCUCGGUUACUGCAAAAGCGUCCUCAGUGGCGACACAAUCGUGAUUGGCAAUCCGAACAAUGCGUCUGCUGAGCGUAAUCUGUCUUUGGCCUACUCUCGCGAGUUUAUACGCAACCUUGCCCUCGGAAAGCCCGUUCUCUUCACCGUCCUAUAUACCAUCCCUUCGACCGGCCGCGAGUUUGGCAUUGUCAAGAUCAAGGAUGGCCCCGACCUGCCCGACGAGCUCGUAAAGGAGGGCUGGGUCAAGGUUCGGGAAGACGCUGGCAAGAAGGAGUCCGACGAGGACAUUCUUCAACGGUUGGAGAACCUCCGCACCCUCGAGUCCGAGGCAAAGGCUCAAGAAAAGGGGCUGUGGUCUGGUGCGAGCGGCGUGAUCCAGGUCCAGAACGAUUUAGGAGAUCCUAGCUUCCUCAAGGAAUGGUCUGGAAAGACCGUCGAUGGCAUCGUCGAGCGUGUUUUUGCGGGCGACCGCCUCCUCACGAGGCUAAUUUUGUCCGACAAGAAGCACCUUCAGGUGAUGACCCUCGUUGCCGGCAUCCGCACCCCUUCAACCCAGCGCACCAUCCCCUCCACCGGACAAGUCCAACCUGCCGAGGAGUUCGGCAACGAAGCCAAGGCGUUUGUAGAAUCCCGUCUCCUCCAGAGGCAGGUCAAGGUCCAAAUUGUUGGCGCCAGCCCCAAGGCCAGCUCGUCGCCGAGGAUGCCUGCCCUUCGCGCCGCCGAGAAGCAGGCGCAGGGUAAGAAACUCCGUCUUCAUAAGAACCAUGUGAGCAAGGAAGGUGCCGGGGCACUGGACAUGAUUGUGUCCAAGGUUAUUAGUGCGGACACCAUCAUCGUCCGCAACAAGGCCGGCGAUGUCGAGAAGCGCAUCAGUCUCAGCAGCAUCAGGGGACCCCGAACCAACGAGCAAAGCGAGGCGCCGUUUAGGGAAGAGGCCAAGGAAUUCGUGCGCAAGCGACUCAUUGGAAAGCACGUGAGCAUGAGUGUAGACGGGUCCAAACCCGCCACCGAUGGCUUCGAGGCUCGCGAUGUCGCCACAGUCACGGAGAAGGGCAAGAACAUUGGGCUCGCCGUUGUGCAGGAGGGCUGGGCGUCUGUAAUUAGGCACCGAAAGGACGACACCGAUCGCGCCGCUAAUUACGAUGAGCUCCUCGCCGCCCAGGAAACGGCCAAGACCGAGAAGAAGGGCAUGUGGUCCGGAAAGCCCUCAAGGCUAAGCAGCAUCGUCGAUUUCUGCAAGUCGGGAUCCAGGUUCACGAUUCUCAUUCCCCGGGAGAGCAUCAAGAUCACAAUGGUUCUCGGUGGAAUUCGCGCUCCGAGGGCACCACGUCUUCCGAACGACAAGGGUGAUCCGUUUGGUCAGGAGGCCCUGGACCUCGCCAACCGCCGCUGCAACCAGCGAGACUGCGAGAUCGACAUCACCGAUAUCGACAAGGUUGGUGGAUUUAUCGGAGCUCUCUACAUCAACCGCGAAAACUUUGCCAAGGUGUUGGUGGAAGAAGAGCUUUUCGCUGCCGAGAAGAAGGCCAAGGAGGCCCGGAGCGGUAUGUGGCAUGACUGGGAUCCCUCUCAGGAAGAGGGCGAGGAGGAACCAGCCCCCGUCGAGACCUCUAGCGGAUCUGUUGAUGCGGGCUCGAAGAAGCCCACCGACUACCGCGACGUGGUCAUCACGAGCAUCGACGACAAUGGAAAGUUGAAGCUCCAAGAGAUUGGUCAGGGAACGGCCGCCCUCGAGACCCUCAUGUCCGCGUUUAAGAAGUUCCACCUCGACUCCAAGAACAAUGCCCCCUCAAGGACGCCCCCAAGACCGGAGACUAUGGGUGCCAAGAUUGCCGAGGUCGUCUAUAUCGACUACGGAAACACGGAGAAGAUUCCGUGGGCUAACCUCAGGCCUCUCUCCCAGCCCGAGUUCAACACGCAGAAGCUGAAGCCGCAGGCCGUUGAUGCGUCCCUUUUCGAUUUCGUAGAUGCCAAGGAGAACAUCAGCUACGUCACUCUCUACGACCCGAAAUCUUCCAAUGAACUGCCGGGUCCCCUGGAGUCGAUCAACCGGGACGUCGUAGCAGGCGGCUACGGCAUGGUUGCUAGGAAGCUCAAGGCCUGGGAGAGGGGCAAGGCCUUUGAAGGUAUCCUGAAGAACCUGCGAGAGGUGGAGGAUGAGGCGAAGAGAGACAGGCUAGGCAUGUGGGAGUAUGGUGAUAUCACCGAGGACUAA